GGCGCUGGGCGAGCGCGGCGCGGCGCGGCGGCCCCGCGAGUGCUGCAGUGAGGGAGAGGAGGGGCGAGAGCGGCUCCAACUGUUGAAUUUUCGCCGAAUUCGCCACUUACCUGCGGGCGGCUGGUGGAAUGGAUCUGGUUUAUCGGGAGUCGGCGUUCCUUUCGCGUGCUGGCUGGCUAAGACUGGAGACCGUCUGUUGGAGAGGGGCCACCCACCCAUGAGGCGCAGAAGAAUAUUUGUUUUUUCUCCUUUUUCUUUCGAAAGCCUCUCCACCACAGGUUGCAGAAUUAACUGUGUACUUUGGGUCUGGACUCAAAUAAAGGAGAAAAAAACAGUGCAGAACUGAGACUUGGAACUAGAUCUGUGAGCUGUAUGUUGGGAACCUAUGUUUUUUGUUUGUUUUGGGUUUUUUUUUUUUCCUUUUAAUAUGAAAGAUCUCUGAUUUAUCUCACACAUAACACUGAGGAAAGGCGGUUAAAAACACUCAGCAAAGCAGGAGACAGACGCGCCUCUGUGCCAGUGAGUGGAUAACAGCCUUGUUUUCCUGGUCCUCAGUCUCCCGGAGAAAGAGAUAAACAACCACUGCCGCGAUUUUUUAUUAUUGUUAUUAUUUUUUAUUAUCCUUUGUACAUCUGCGGGGGAUCCAAGGAUUGGGAACGCUUCGCCUGCCCGGAGGAGAAGAUCUUUUGCAAAUUUUCUGAUUUUUCAGAUCCUCCCACUGCCGAAGUUGGACAGACAAGUAACUGCGAGGGGAUUGCAAGCACGGCGAGCGCUUGCUGAAACGCUGCCGAAGCUGCUUCCUCCCUUUCCCCCUCCCUGCUCCGACCCUCCCUGUUGCUCCCUCCCUCUGAGCUACAUGGUCCAUUUGCUGCCUCUCAUCCUGUGUCUCUGCAGAUGUUUUAGAGCAACAGGUUCAGGAACUUAAAAUAUAGGGGUGGGGAGAGAGAAGAAGAAAAAAAAUAGAAGAAAAAGACAGCCGACAGAUUAGAAAGGAAGAGCAAAUCCAUCGCAGGAGGCAGAGAAGACGGGGACAACCGACAACCUUGGUUGCCACUGUAGCUGCUUCCACCCUCACCCCUGCUCGGGGAUGUACCUUUCCAUUUGUUGCUUCUUCCUCUGCUGGGCUCCCGCCCUGUCGCUGAAGAACCUGAAUUACUCGGUGCCGGAGGAGCAGGGAGCAGGCACAGUCAUUGGGAACAUCGGUCGCGAUGCACGGCUGGUGGCAGGCACGACGGGAGGUGGGAUGCUGCCUGCGGAGCGUGGCAGCCCCGCUGGCGGCCGUGGCCCCAAGUCCACCUUCCGAGUGCUGGAGAACUCGGCCCCUCACCUCCUGGAUGUGGACGGGGAGAGCGGUCUACUCUACACCAAGCAGCGCAUUGACCGCGAGGCGCUGUGCCGGCGCAGCACCAAGUGCCAGCUGUCCCUCGAGGUGUUUGCCAAUGACCAGGAGAUCUGCAUGAUCAAGGUGGAGAUCCAGGACCUGAAUGACAAUGCGCCGACAUUCCCCUCUGACCAGGUGGACAUGGACAUCUCAGAAAAUGCCGCACCAGGCACCCGCUUCCCUCUCACCAGUGCCCACGACCCGGACGCUGGGGACAACGGGCUGCGCACCUACCUGCUGACCCGUGAUGACUAUGGUCUCUUCUCACUUGAUGUGAAGUCCCGCGGUGAUGGCACGAAGUUUCCUGAGCUGGUCAUCCAGAAACCAUUAGAUCGUGAGGAGCAGAGUCACCACACCCUGGUGUUGACUGCGCUGGACGGUGGUGACCCACCACGCUCUGGCACAGUGCAGAUCAACGUGCGCCUCAUUGACUCCAAUGACAACAGCCCAGUCUUUGAGGCAGCCUCCUACGUGGUAGAGCUGCCAGAGAACGCACCACUGGGCACUGCCGUCAUUGACCUUAACGCCACUGAUGCUGACGAGGGUACCAAUGGAGAGGUGCUCUAUUCUUUCAGUGGCUAUGCACCUGAGCGUGUCCGAGACCUGUUCAGCAUCGACCCACAGAGCGGCCUCAUCCGUGUCAAGGGUAACCUGGAUUAUGAGGAGAGCGGCCUCAUUGAGAUCGAUGUCCAGGCCCGAGACCUGGGGCCCAACCCCAUCCCUGCUCACUGCAAGGUCACUGUCCGCCUCAUUGACCGCAACGACAAUGCACCCACCAUUGGCUUUGUCUCCGUUCGUCAGGGAGCACUGAGUGAGGCUGCCCCACCAGGCACUGUCAUUGCCCUGGUGCGGGUCACUGACCGUGACUCAGGCAAGAACGGACAGCUGCAGUGCCGGGUGCUGGGUGGUGGGGGUGGGCCCGGAGCCGUCCCUUUCACCCUUGAGGAGAACUAUGACAACUUCUACACUGUGGUGACUGACCGGCCCCUGGACCGAGAGGCACAGGAUGAGUACAAUGUGACUAUUGUGGCACGUGAUGGGGGCAACCCCCCACUCAACUCCACCAAGUCAUUUUCUGUCCGAAUCCUUGAUGAGAAUGACAACCCACCCCGCUUCAGCAAGAACCUCUAUGUGUUACAGGUGCCUGAGAACAACAUCCCUGGGGAGUACCUGGGCUCCGUCUUGGCCCAGGACCCUGACCUGGGCCAAAAUGGGACAGUCUCUUACUCCAUUCUGCCUGGGCAUGUGGGUGAUGUCUCCAUCUACACCUAUGUCUCUGUCAAUCCCACCAAUGGUGCUAUCUACGCCCUGAGGAGCUUCAACUAUGAGCAGACAAAGCACUUUGAGUUUCGCGUGCUGGCGAAAGACUCGGGUUCACCCCAUCGCGAAAGCAACGCCACAGUGCGUGUCACUGUGCUUGAUGUCAAUGACAAUGCACCCCUCAUCGUACUGCCUGCUCUCAUCAAUGACACCGCUGAGCUGCAGGUGCCACGCAAUGCUGGGGUGGGCUACCCCGUGGGCACCGUCCGCGCCUUGGACAGUGAUUUUGGGGAGAGCGGGCGCCUCACGUAUGAGAUUGUGGAAGGCAAUGAGGAACACCUCUUUGAGAUGGACCCCACUAGUGGUGAGAUACGCACUUUGCAUCCUUACUGGGAGGAGCUCAGCCCUGUGGCUGAACUGGUGGUAAAAGUCAGUGACCAUGGCAAGCCCAGCCUCUCUGCAGUGGCCAAGCUCAUUGUCAGGGCCUUGGCAGGGCCCCUGCCUGAAGCUGGUGAGCCACAGGUGAAUGGCGAGCAGCACCGGCGACCACACUGGGACUUGUCGCUGCCCCUGAUCGUGACGCUGAGCACUGUCUCCAUCAUCUUGCUGGCUGCCAUGAUCACUAUUGCCGUGAAGUGCAAGCGAGAGAACAAGGAGAUCCGCACCUAUAAUUGUCGCAUUGCCGAGUAUAGCCACCCUCAGCUGGGAGGAGGGGGAGGCAGUGGCGGGGGAGGAGGAGGCAGUGGCAGUGGAGGGGGCAAGGGCAAGAAGAAGAAGAUCAGCAAGAAUGACAUUAUGCUGGUGCCCAGUGAGGGCGAGGACAGCCGGGGCCCCCUCAAUGUCAUGAACGUGGUGAGCAGCCCAUCCCUGGCCACCUCACCCAUGUACUUUGACUACCAGACCCGCCUGCCCCUCAGCUCUCCCAGGUCUGAGGUGAUGUACCUGAAGCCUGCCUCCAACAACCUGACUGUACCCCAGGGACAUGUGGGCUGCCACACCAGCUUCACAGGGCAAGGGACUAACGCCAGCGAGGCUCCCCCGAGCCGGAUGUCCAUAAUUCAGACAGACAAUUUUCCCGCAGAGCCCAAUUACAUGGGCAGCAGGCAGCAGUUUGUUCAAAGUAGCUCCACGUUCAAGGAUCCAGAAAGAGCCAGCUUGAGGGACAGCGGGCAUGGGGACAGUGAUCAGGCUGACAGUGACCAAGACACUAACAAAGGCUCCUGCUGUGACAUGUCUGUUAGGGAGGCACUCAAGAUGAAAACUACUUCAACUAAAAGCCAGCCAAUUGAACAAGAACAGAAAGGCAGAGGCCAAAGACCCAUUGUUGGGAUCUGUGGACCAGCCCGCUGUGAGGAUGGAAAAUUUUCAGAGCAAGAAGAAUGUGUUAACUGCACAGAUGAAUGCAGAGUUCUUGGUCAUUCUGACAGGUGUUGGAUGCCACAAUUCCCUGCAGCCAGUCAGGCUGAGAAUGCAGAUUAUCGCACAAAUCUCUUUGUACCCACAGUUGAAGCUAAUGUUGAGACUGAGACAUAUGAAACUGUGAAUCCCACUGGGAAAAAGACUUUUUGUACAUUUGGGAAAGACAAGAGAGAGCACACUAUUCUCAUUGCCAAUGUUAAACCUUACUUAAAAGCCAAACGUGCCCUGAGUCCUCUGCUUCAGGAGGUUCCCUCAGCAUCGAGCAGCCCAACCAAGACAUGCAUUGAGCCUUGCACCUCAACAAAAGGACCACUGGAUGGUUGUGAAGUGAAAUCAGGAGCCUUGGCUGAACCAAACAGCCAGUAUUUGUCAACUGACAGUCAGUAUCUAUCGCCUAGUAAACAGUCGAAAGACGCUCCCUUCAUUGCAUCAGAUCAGAUGGCUAGGGCCUUUGCAGAUGUGCAUUCCCGAGUAAGCCGAGACUCGAGUGAGAUGGACUCUGUUCUGGAGCAGUUAGACCGUUCAGCCCGGGAUCUAGGCAGGGAGUCGGUGGAUGCCGAGGAAGUUGUGAGAGAAAUAGACAAGCUCUUGCAGGACUGUCGGGGAAGUGAUCCUGUGACCGUCAGAAAGUGAGGGGGAAAACAAGGACAGGCUGGCAGUUACGUUCGUCUUCUGCUGAUUAAAAUUAAAUAAAUAAAUACCCCCCCUCUUUGUAACAGAUUUGCAGGAAUGAAGGAAGACCAAUGCUGCUUUAAGGCUUUUAGUGAACAUCUGAAGUGCCCACAAGUAUGUUCUUUUCACUGCUCUUUCUUUUUGACAGAUAACACUGGUUUCAUUUCGACCAAACUUCCAUUAGGACAGAGUCAAGUACACUAAGAACAAAAGAAAAGAAGGAAAGAUGAUGCCAUUUUGACAAUCUGAUAGGAAGGUUUGAGAAAGGUGGAAUGGAAAUACGUCUGAUACUUUAAGACUGUCCUCAACAGCUGAUGCUGACUUUACUGUUUAUGUAUAAACCCCAAGAAAAACAGGGUUGAAUAAUUCUGAUCUGUGGUGGAUUUCCAGCAGUUACCACAGGCUUCUACUGAAAGUCCUAAAAAGAGUUCUUGUAGUAGUCCAAGAGACACCAAACAUUAACAUUCAUUUGUGGUAAACGUUUAUGUACAAAGUUACCUAUCUGCCACAAGUAUGAAAAAAAAGUGAAAAAAAAGGAACAAGAAAACAAAAAACCACAUUCCAGAUCAUUAUUCAAAAAACCCAUAUCCUAACCAUUAGUAAAACACUUCAUAUCAUAUUAAGGUUAAAUGUAAAAUUAAAUAGUCCAUCUUGUCCUGCACAUACAUAAGCUAAUUCACUUGAUAAAAAAGUAAAGAAGAUUUUAAUAUCUAUUUAGCAUUUUAGUGUCCAACAAAAUUAUAAAUAGUUAGCAGUAAGUUUUAAAAAAAUGAAGGAAAGGUUGAAAAAAAAAAAGUUACCUUUAAGGGUAAUACACAAAGGAAAUUAACAUUAUUAACACUUUUUUAUUCAUUUGUGGACACUAAAAUAGCUCAGGAAAGUGAAAAUGUCUUAGACAUCCACACAAAUCACAUGAUCAUUUAAAUGUGCAAAUGUAAGAAGAUUCAGUGUGUUUACAUCAAAUGACAUAUUUUUAUUGAUUUAUUGCAGAUUCAGUGCAUAUGAGCCAAAUUGUUGAGUGUAUAAGAGCUAUAUUGUGUAUUUUAUUAAAUUAAUAUAUAGUUGUGUUGCAAAAAUAUUUGGGCUUAUAUUGUAAAUGGCAAGUGUUGCCUCAGUAGCUGUCGAACUCUAUGAGUUUUGUUUUUUCCUGCUUCCUUUUCCCCAUGGAUUGUGGGAAGCAGCGCCUCAGAGCAAAGUCUCUUGUUUAAUGUAUGGUCUACGAAGUACUGCAGUACAUAAUCUGUUCAAAAUGUGUUUGAGUGAGCUGAUGGAGCUAACAGAAUGGCUUACAAAUACAUCCAUCAGUCAUGGUUACGUGCAAGUCCUUGUAGAAGCUUCUAUUGCAAACCCAUUUUUAAUAACAAAAAUUACACUUGAAACAACAUUUGGAACCUCUUUUCUUUUUUCCCCAAACACAUGCAGCCAGCCUGUUUACUGUAGGAUAUUUGAUUGGCUUCUUAAGAGAUGCGAACAUUUUCAAAGUUUUCCUUUUAAGUUCAUAGUAUGGAAAACCAUGUCAACACCAGUAGGGCAUGGACAAUAUUUUACUGGAUUCUUGGCAAUGUGUAAUUGUUUACUGAAGUCCUAGAUAUACACUGUUUAUCUCUUGAGGGGUGGCGAAUUUUCAGUUUGGUUUCAUUUGUUCUUAAAAGUAUCAGCAGAAUAACUUGGGAUAUAGUUUCUACUUUUUUAUUAUUUUUUUCUAAGGGUGUCUUAUUGCAUUUGAAAAAAUCAAAUUGUCUUCAGAUAAAAGCUAAAAAGCAACCUACAUUCAAAAUGAACUUGCACAGGACAAGGAGCAGAUGAAUGAAAUAUUUAGUUCAGGAUUUGUCCCUUACAUACUUGAGAUACUCUGUUGGAAAUACCACUAUGGUGCAUUGUUUAAAAAAUAUUGUAUUUGGUUUAUUACAUUUAAUCUGUGGUAUACAAACAUAUAUAAAAGAGGCUGGCAAUCUCAAAUCCCACAAAGCCAUAGUUUUCAUCAGUUCAAGACAGAAAGUUGACUCAAUACCCUGUUUUGAUGUUAAGAUUGCUGUUAAAUGGUGAUUUUAGCUAGUCUGUCCUACAAUGAAUUGUAUUUGGGAGACAACCAUUUUGACAGUUUGCUUUUAGCUCCUGCUAUUGAAAAACGCUAAAAUUCUUGUAAAAAAGGGAUCUUGUACAUGUUUUAUCAAGCUGCUCUCCAUGUUUUGGACAAUUUAUGUAUCUAAAAUGUGGUGUUGUCUGUGUUAUAUAUACUUUUUUUUUUACUUUUUGGCCAGGAGACCCAAGAUUGGUUUUGCUUGAUAGCUUGAAAUUCCAUAGUGGAGAGGAUUUCUUAUUGUUUGAUCAGUCUCUUAUGUGUAUUUCCGUGGUGCCCAUCACUCAGUGUCUGUGCACCAAGUCUUUAGUUCUGCCAGUGAGAUCCAUUAUUCAGCAAAAUCUAAGCCAGUAUGUAAAUGCAGUCAAGUGAUGGAGAUUUGUGUAUUUUAUAAAUGAUUUUAACACUGAGUAACCAAUUGUACAAUUCAUUGUAUGUUUCUGAAGACAUAAAACCACAACAUUCUGAGAAAGGGCUGUGCCAAUGUAAGAGGAAUUUACCUUAAGGCUCUCUGUCACUAGUGAUUUACUAGCUUUAGCUGUUUAACACAUUAUCUGUAUUUAGUAGUGAUUAUUUAUUUACCACUCUGAGGUAAUUCAGAAUUCAUGACUCAUAGCUUUAUAGAAAAGUUUAGGAAAUCUUUCUUUUAUUUAAUUUGGCUGACAGCUGCCUUGUGUUGUAGAUCUCUGGCAUCCUGCUUCCAAUAAGGAAAUCCCAGGUUAAAAGUCUGUUUCACAAUUUAGAACAGAUACAUAAUGAAUGAAUAAACCAACAGGGCUUAAGCAAUAUGAGUUUUGCUGGUUCAGUCAAAAUUAAUCCGACUGUGUGAAGGAAAUGCUACCCACAAAGGAAUAUAAGAAGUAUUUUUUCUCAAUGAUAUCUCUAAUAUCUGGAAAAAGAGGCAGCAAUGAAAGAGAGUUUAUGAGUUAUCUCAUACAUCCUUACAUACAUGUUUUAUAAAACUGUAAAAAAGUAUCUGCCACAGGUUUAUAAGGAGAAUGGCUGAGUUAAAGGAGGAAAGUUGAGUAACUAAUAAAAUUGUACUGUACACUGUGAAUAGUGAACAAGACAUUACAUUUCUUUCUUUUUUUCUUUUUAUUUUCUUUUCUCUAUUAAUGAAAGCCAGCAACUGGGAGUUCCUUAAACAAUUGGCCAAUCAAAUCAGGACUCAAAAUCAGAUUUUUUUUUUUCCUGUUUUUUUUUGGUUUUGUUUUUUCUAGGUACAUUUAUCAGGAAAGAGAUUCUCCUGAACUGUGAUUGCCACUUGAAAAUAUAGGUUUCCCAGUCCAAUUUACCUCUAGAAGUCAAACACUGAUCAUAGUGGAGCAGGGUACAUCACUCAAAGAAACUUUCAAGCUGUUUGCUGUCCAAUGAGAGGGGAAUUGCUGAAGUCAAGGAAGAGUCUGAAGCCUAGCAUAAUAUACACCCACUCAUUCUUAUUUAUUUACUUUCUUUUGACAUCAGGCAGUGCCUAUUAUUACAUUAAUUCAAAUGGGAGUAUUGGCUAUCAAGAUUUGUUGAUCUGAAGUGUAAUUGAAUGAAACUUGAUUAAGGUUUUAACUUCUCUGGCCCAAUAGUGAUACAGGUUGGCAUUUGCAUUUAUCAGCCCCUGUCUCCCCAUAUGGCUCAAAGUUGCACCAAUGACUGGUGAAUGACACAAAAAACCAAACAAAAGCAGCAUACAUUGUAUGGAUUAUCUCAACCGCUAUUGUUUAAUGGCUGUGUUUAAUGUGACCUAUCUGGAAAAUGAGGACUACGAAUAAAAAGCAAUUACUAAUAGUGGUGUUGCCUGCUUUUGCAUUCAUUAACACAGAAGAAAUGUGUUAAACUCUGCAUACCACAGGGAGCCUGAUGGUAAUUACUUUGGAAAAGCGACUUGUGGCAAUGCGGCUGUUACUGCUAGUUAUCAGUUUGCCAAAAAAAUGACAAUUCCUGCUUCAUUUAUUAGAAAUGUGUAACCGUUUUCUCUCAACAGGAAGGUGGUGAAGAGUUUUCAUCAAGCUGAGUAGGUUUAUCUUUCAAGCGGCUGAUGUGCUGCAUCCCUACAGGCUGUUAUUUGCUCAUAGAAACAUGGAGCUGAAUAAAGGAUAGUUUGGUUUAGUACACUGGUGUGAAUUUACCGAAAGCAUUAUAAUUGAGGAGAUAAGUUCUUAAAGACUGUGAGCCCAGCAUGAAAGAUCUGAACAUUACUUGAGUAUACAAGUGAUGGAAAAAAAUAAUCUAAAAAAUGUAAAGUGUUGGGGUUUUUUACUUUUUUUUUAAUGUGUCUUUCUUAAGAGCUUGAGUAAUAGAGGUAAAUAAUUUCAUUCCUGUUGCUGUAAAUGAUAUGACAAAAUGUUGAGAAAAAUGUGACUGUUUUAUGUCUACUUGUGUGAGUUUGUUGUUAUAAUUUAACAUUUUCAUUAACCUCUUUUUUUGUUUGUCAGUUUUUUGUUCUGAGUAUCAUGAUCAGUCCCUUGAAUAUGUGUCCCUUUCUGUUUGCUCCUAUGUGACUGUAGCAAUGACAUACCAAAUGGUGUAAAGCCUCCACAGUGGAUUUUUUUUUUUUAUUUUUGAGGAUUUGGGAGGUUAGGGAGCUUGCUUAUUUAGGUUUUCUUUACCAAUUCUUAAGUAAUUAGACAUUGCUUUUGAGAGAUAAAUACAAUUUUAGGUUUUUUUGAGAAUACUAUAGGUAUUAUGAAGAUACAUGCUUGUCCUGCAGGUAGAAUUACCUUUUACCUGUUGCAUGUUUUCUGCAACUGUCUUUGUCAGAAAUAAAACCAGCAUGCCUCUGGUUAGCUGGGCAUAGAACCUCCUACAUGUAUUUAUCUUUCUACAGGCUGAAUUCCAAAAUGUAACAAGCCACUCGCUGUGCAGUCCUGCCAGAAUGUAUCUUAUGCUGUUGAAGGCCUCACUGGACUUGGGAUGUUGCUCUUAUGUCUUCAGUUGUGUGUGAUUCAGAGCUUGGGUGGAUGCACAGUUUAUGUAGAACAAGUGAUAAACCAUUCUGGCUUUUUUUGUACCCAGAAUACAGAGUCAUUGAUUUCUCAUUUGGAAAGUGGCUUCUCUGUCAAACAGAGAUUCUUAGAUCUCGUUUAAGCCAACCAUGUAUAACUGCUUCAGGGUGUUCGCUCAUGGGAUAAAUAUCCUAUCCUUAUCCUUUAUUGAGUGUAAGACACGAAAGCAGCUGAAAGCUUAUUUCUUCAGUUAGUAAUGUUUCCCUAAAAAUGAAAUUGCUCCGGUAGAAAGAAGAGAUGGCUCUCUGCUGUAUGUAUAGCUUGAUUUGUGAAAGGUCACCUUGGUAUCGAUAGUGCAUGCACAAAUGGAUCAGGGAAUUAAUGAGCCAUCUAAGAAUUUUCUGAGAUGCAUAUUCCAUAAUACAUAUGUUAUUAUACAGAGAAGAGAGCACAGUUUCUCGGUUUAUUUAUUGCUAAUGGUUCUCAAUAAUGCCUGGCUCACAAAAAGACUUAAUUCAAGUUUUGAGGGAACAUUUUUCUCUAACUGGGAAAUCAAUCCCUUUUUAUGCUUUUUAAAGGUUUUUUUUUUUUCCAACUUUCGGGGGUUUUUUUGGUUUGGGGUUUUUUGUUCCCUAAAUAUAUACUGGUCAAAUUGUGGCUUUUUGUUAGUUUUAAAAAUGAAGAGUGUUCUAAUAUAGUUCCCUCCUUUAGGUUCUUUGGAUGAGAUAUAAUACCUUUCGUUUGGACAAGACUCCAAAACAUCCAUAAACAUUCAGAUUUUUCUUGGCAAGAAGCAAGAGUUUAGACGUGGUUUGAAACAUAGGUACUUGGACAACAGAUUUAGAUUUUUGACCUACUGAGAAAUGGAAUAAUUAAAAUUUCAUUUCUGAAAACAUGUUGUAUUCAGUACAUUGAACACCCUCUCUAUGGAAAUCUUAUUAAAGUGCAUCUGCUGAACUGCUGCCAGAGAACUAGAGGAUCAGUCAGUCAGUUAUAUUCAACUUUUUCCAAGUCAAAACCAACACUUAAGUAGCUUCUGGAAAUCAAUUGAUUGGUAGUGCAGUACAGAAAACAUAUUUGCAAUGUGUUUGCAAGAAAAACUCCUUAACAAAUUUGCAAUUACAUUUUGUAAUGGCUGCAAUUUUUCCAUCAUUUUAGGGGCAAUCACAUACAGAACUCCUUUCAGUGUUUUGAUUUGAGAGUGACAAAAAAUGGAUCUCUGUGCUGGCAUCAACAUUAAGAUAGAAAUAACAUAUCUGUCUCACCGUCAGAAAAUUGCAUUCAACUAUUUCUGUUAUUGCUGUCUUUAGAAAAACAUUUCAUGCAUCUAUCUUUUUAACCCUUUUACAACAGGCAUCUUUUAUGUAGCCACAUACUGUGAUUUCUGCAAGUGUCCCUAUUAUUAGUUACCACGCCUCCCUUUCAUAUGUCUGUGUAAAGUUCUUUACUUUGCAAAUUUUCUCAUGUAGAGAAUUUAAAGCAGAUUCCUAAUGUCUUCAAAAAUGUUUUACACUUCAUACCAUAUAAUUAAAAAAUAUU